GCCAAAGGGGAUUCGAAUGAACCCCUCGACAUAAGAUGAAUCCGCCACUGUUCAUAACCAACCCAACCGACCCCUUUUCCCCCAAAACCCAAUUCUUUUUCCUUGAUGUCCCACCAACUUUAACAUACAAAACUCCCUUAUUCAAUAUACACAAACAAAAUCAUCAACUACAAUUUCAAUAACUUCAAACACUCCAAUUUCAGAUCCACCUUCCCUAUCAACUCCAUGAAUGGCUCUUCCCUCUCUCUUUUCUCUGGAAUAUUUUAGAGCCAUCAGUGUUGAAUUCGAAUUUUUAGGGGGUAUGUUUUUCUCUUACUUUGACUUCUACUUUCUCCAUUCUUUCCAAUCAAUCUUUCAUUCUUGCUCAGAUGGGUGUAUUUAGGAUUCAAAAUUUUAUUUUUAGCUAUAAAUACAUGGUAUUGAUGGUCAUUUUAGGAAGGAUUUUUCUCACUGGAAAAAAUAAAACAAAAAAUUCUCACUAGAAAAAAGAAUUUUUACUUUAAAAAAAGCUCAAAACUUUUAGUUUUUAUUUUGCUCUUGAGUUUUUCCGACGUAGCUCUACUCGUGGUGGUAGAAAAAGUUGCUCUUCUCUAGUCGUCUCAGUCUCUGCUCCGAAUAAGACUCCUUACAUAUCUUCGAGUCUCGAGUCACCUUAUCUCGUUCGAAUUGCUGGAAAGCCGAUAUACUAGUCUUGAAAGGCAAAAACGCAUUUAUAAAAGAUCUAGUAUACAAUCAAUAUUCAAAGUGAAGAACUAGGCCAAAAGCCCAAAAACAUGGCAGUAGCCCAAUUAGUUGGGUAGUGAGGACUUGGACUAUGAAUAGCCUAAUUCCAUUAUUUUCUCAAAAAUGGAUAUAGGCCAACGCCCAACAUGCAGCAGCAGAAAGACCCAAAAAAUUAAGUCCACUAAAAAUCAACGAAUUCUUGUUUCUCCUGGUUCUGAUUCGUCUUGGGAAGGUUACGACGAAGUUAGAUCCAAACAUCGUAACGAUCCAACAGUGAUGAAUAAGCUACGUGAGAAAUUGAAGUCGAAAGCUACAGUUAAACAUGCACCCAAAGAAAUAGACAACAAGAUUGAAGGGGUUACAACACGCCCUAAUCUCCCAAAGGGAAUGAAAUACGUCAUCAAGAAGAUCCCGUCCCACCCAUUGAGAUUCGGAAUGGCAUAUAGGGCUAAUUUUCUUGAUGAUUUUGAAUCAUCAAUAGGUGGAGAUAUUGUUGUCAGAAGGCCAUGGAUGGUUAUGUUAGCGAUAACGACGAUCCAAAAAAAACUAGGAGAGACAUCUCUCCAAACCAAGGAGAACUGAUUGAUGUCGAGUAGGUUUUUUUUUUAUAGUAAACAUUUUAGGUGAUUUUGAUUCUUUUAAUGUAUCUGAUACAUAAACUGUAAUGUAUCAGAUUUAAUAUGUUUUAAUAUUUCCAUACAUAAGAUUUACUAUGUUUUUCUCUGGUGUCAAAAUCGAAUAUAAAAUCAAAGUUUAUGUUUUAUAUUUCUACUGUAUCAAACUUGUAUCGAGUAUAAUAUUCAUAAGUGUCACAUUUUGUGAAUUCUGAUACAUGAAUCAAGUUUUAUUUAUUAUGAUACAUCAUGCACAUGUAUCAGAUUCUCAUUUCUCAAUAUUUAAUGAUUCCGAUACAUUAAUUUUUAAAAUUCACGUACAUAACUGUCGCCUUCUUUAAUAGAUCAGUAAUUGAUAUAAAGAGCCAAUCUUUUAUCCAUAAAUAGCUGAUGUGCAUUAACUA